AUGAAGCAAUCAUUCAUCCUUCCUGCGGCGUUCGCUGCCCUGGCUACUGCUCAAGACGUUUCUUGGUGCAAGUCUGAGGGAUGCAACGACUGCCCUUCCUCCAUCGCCAGCAGUGGUCCCGGAUACCCUGAGUGUGUCAUUUACGACACCAACACCGUCUUUGGUGGCCAGGGCUUCAAAGAGGGCACCGGCAAAGUGAAGUACCUUGUCUGGGGUGACUUCAUCGACCCUUGCGGCGGCCAGCCCGGUAGCUACAUGGUCCGAUCCCCAGCCAGCUUGACUACAACUGGUUGCGGAGAUCUGAUCUACCACACCGAGAAUGCCGAAUGCUCUAGCCAGCUUCGCAUGGAGGAUACCUUCAUGGUUCAAUUCUGCUGCGGUUCUGGUGACUGCGAGGCAGCUGGUGUGCCAUGGGGUCGCCGCGACACCGAGGGACGCAGCGUCGGCAGCGGACUCCAGGGUGGCUACCUCAAGUUCGCCAACGGCACCAUUAUCGAGCCUCUCGCAGUCGGCUCUCCUCCGAAGGACAACACGCUGAAGGCCACUGAGUCUCGCAACCAGGCUCGUUGCACUGGUUUCAAGAGCAAGUCUUACCAGGCUAACGGCGAGCCCUACCUCACCACCUUCGACACUCAGAUUGUGUCCGGAUCCGUCCCAGCUGAGGAAACCGACCGCACCAUCACCAUCACCUACGAUCAAUCCGUUUCUCGAACCACCUCUUUCUCAGCCUCGCUGGGUGACCCCUUUGGCGUUGUUUCUGUCUCCGUUGGCUUUGAGUUCAGCGACUCCGAGAGCAAGGGCUUCCAGACUGAGCUGACUGUCUAUGCCGGAGAGACUGGCCGGGUCGGUUUCACGCCUGUCUAUCGCUGCACUAAGGGCACUUUGGAGACGUGCAGUGGCGACCGUACCUCGGAGGAACAUACAUGCACCCCAUGGAUCUUGAACGGUAUUGUCCAGGGUGACUACCGUAUCGUCCAGACUUAG